GGUUAGUGAAAACGGGUGUUAGUUUUCUAAAUGUGUAACUAAUUUGACUGUUAGUUUUUUUAAUUUCUUUUGUCGUUUUAUAUUUUUCUUAUAUUUAAACACACUAAACACAACAUUAAUUUUGUUUUUUAUUUUUAUUUCAGAAUAUGAAGUUCCUCGUUGCUAUCACUGCCUUGGUGGCAGUUGCCAUUGCUACUCCUACUAAGCCAACGAGCCAUGAGAUGGCUCAGCUGGAGGCUAUUGUCGCGGCCAUCCAUAGCCCCAACACCGACCCUGCCACCGCAGCGCUCUUACAACAACAGCUCGAGGAAUUAAUGGGUUUUCAACCCAUUCAAGUUGGACCUGCCAUAAUUGAUUCGCAGCCUAUCGAAGCCGGACCAUUCCCUAUUAUUCCUGAGCCUGAGAUCAUCGAAGCUGGACGAUUCCCUAUUAUUCCUGAGCCCGAGCCCAUUGUAGCUGGACCGUUCCCGAUAAUCCCCAAACCUGAGCCCGUCCAAGUUGGACCUUUACCGAUAAUCACACCUACACCUGUUGUCGUUGGACCCGUUAACCCCGAGCCUAUUUCCAUUGGGCCUGCCAUCAUUCCGUUCCCUGUUCCCGAAGCUCCAAGUGCUGUCCCCGCUAGCUCCAGCCCAGCCAGCAGCCCACUUGUUCAAAUCAUCCUGAACGUCAACCAGGCUUCUGACGUCAACCAGGCUUCUGAUGUUGCGCCCGUCGUACAAGAUAUUGCUGCACCUUCCACUGUGAAUUUUGUUAAUAACUUGCUCCGAGCUUGAAUGAGAUUUUCUUCCG